UGGGAGGGAGUGAAGGCAUGCGUUUCUAGAAUGUGGGAAAUGUGCGUUGUAACCUCUCCUAAUUUAUUACCGUUGUCUAUGGUCGGUCACGGAGUUCGGAAGUCAAGUUAGCAUCUAUUGAUUGUAUCGUGUUCGUUUUAUGAUUCAUCAGGGAGACCACUGGGUUAAGUUCAACAUGCAUCACGACAGAGUGAAAUCUUUGGACAUUAUAUUGAGUAACGAGGAGAAGAGUGGAUACUGUCCUGGAGAAACCGUGUCUGGACACGUUGUGGUGGAGGUUUCUUCAGUGACAAACAUCACAUGUCUUCGGUUAGAAGUCCGUGGGCUUGCCCAGGUCUGCUGGAAUGAGGGACCGCAGCGAGAAUGGCUCAGGUCAUCUACCAGGCCAUCUUUGGCCCAGCAGGUCAAGGCAGAAAUGGACUGCCUCUCCAUCUCCCAGGCCAUAUGUGAACCAACAGAUUCAACAGGUGUCAUCAGUCUCAACGCAGGACGCCAUGAGUUUCCCUUUCAAUUUGAACUGCCUUCAAGACCCCUGGUGUCCUCUUUCUGUGGGCGGUAUGGCCGAGUACGGUAUUGGAUAACUGCCCUGCUGCAUAGCAUUCACCAUCCCCAGCACAGCGUCAGCAAAGAUUUCCUCGUCAUCGACCACGUAGAUGUGAACUCUCCUCUACUGCUGUGUCCGCUUUCUAAAAACGGGGAGAAGAUGAUCGGUGCCUGGAUCUUCACGUCUGGGCCGAUCUCUCUGAAAGUCAACAUCGAGCGGAAGGGCUACUGCAAUGGUGAGUCCAUCCCUAUCUAUGCGGAGAUUGAAAACUGCUCGUCUCGACUGAUUGUGCCGAAGGCGGUGAUCUACCAGACGCAGAGUUUCCUGGUAGGGGGCCGGACCAGGUGUUGCCGGCAGGUGGUGGCUAGCGUCCGGGGCAACCACAUCCCAUCCGGAUGCUCCGAUUCCUGGAACGGGAAAAACCUGAAGGUCCCGCCCGUCACCCCCUCCAUCCUCAACUCCCCCAUCAUCCGAGUCGAGUACUCGCUAGCGGUGAUAACACAGAUCCCUGGUGCCCGUAAGCUGGAGGUGGAGUUGCCCAUUGUGGUCGGCAGUGUUCCCUACGACGACUUCAGCAGAAGCUCUAGCAUCAGUAGCCAGCACAGUGCAGACCUGAGCUGGCUCACGCUCACACUACCAGAGCUGCCCGAAGCUCCACCCAACUAUGCCGACAUUGUGACUGAGGCCGAGUUUGAACAGCACGUCCCCUCUUCCCCCUCCUCCUCCUGUCCCUCCCACCAGCACCAGUGUGAGGAGCUGGAGAGGCAGUUGGGGAGGCCCCUCUUCGCCUACAUGCAGGAGUUCAGGUUUCAGCCCCCUCCGCUCUACUCCGAGUUGGAUCCCAAUCCACUAGCCGCCAAUGGAUGUUCAAGCACCUGAGUACACGUGCCUUCCACUGACAAGCAGGGGCGCCAGACUGGCCUACAGGCAAGAUGGAGUCUAGUUUGGUUUAGUGGCCAUCACUGUUUUGUAGUCUUAAUAAUGAGAAAUCUGAACACAGGGAUCAUUGAAGGCACUUUAUGCACAUUUAAAACACUAUCUGUGGUUUACGCAAAGUGAUUCACAAUGGAUGCCUUAAGAACAGAAAAACU